AUGGAUAUGCUUGGAGAUGGUGAUUCCUCAACCUAUAACACCAUUGUCGAAAGCCAGCCAUAUGGAGAGGAUUUCAUUCCAAACAAAUUAGAAUGCAUUGGCCAUGUUCAAAAGCGGGUUGGAAGUCGUCUCCGCAAACUUAAAAGUUCCAACAAAGGAUUGAAAUUGGCUGAUGGUAAAGGUUUAGCUGGUAAAAGUAGGCUGACUGACAGUAAAAUAGAUGUUUUACAAAACUAUUAUGGCUUGGCAGUUAGAGAAAACCUUGAUGAUGUUGGUACAAUGGCGAAGUCCAUAGAAGCAUCUCUUUACCAUGUUGCGUCAACUGCUGAGAAUCCACAGCAUCAUCUCUGUCCAGACGGAAAGGACAGCUGGUGUGGAUAUAAGACAGACAAGGAGGGAUAUAAACAUAAAAAUGGAAUCCCAAGCUGUAUUGUUGACUUGAUCAAACCUAUUUAUAAGGAUCUUAGUAAGACUGAACUCUUGAAUAAAUGUACUCACGGAUUGACACAGAAUGUGAACGAAUGCUUGAACAGGCUUAUCUGGGACAGAUGUCCCAAGUCUACUUAUGUUGAGCAAGAAACUGUGGCUCUUGCCACCUACUUAGCCAUUUUAAAGUUUAAUGAUGGUGACAUUUCCUUUUUAAAGUUAUUUAAUGACCUGGAUAUAACCCCAGGUAUCUUUACUGGUAAAGCCACUGAAGAUUGCGACAAUUCGAGAAUAAAACUGUCGGCAAAGAAGAGCACUGAAACAGUGAAAAAGAGAAGAAAAGUACUGAGACACCUAAGAAAGAACUAUGUUGACAGUAUUGAAGAGAAAGAAGGUGUUACCUAUGAAGCAGGUGCCUUCUAGACACUAUAAAAAAAGAACGAAACGUUAAAAUACUACUUUCUCAAUUUGGCAGUUUUGUCAUUCCAAUUGAUCUUUGUGACAGCAUAUCUUUCUGAAUAUUAAGUGUAAAAGGUUGAAACUUGGUAUGUUUGUGGCUAUUAACAUUAUGAAGAGAAUCACCAUUUUUAUAUUAAAUAUAUUUAAUUAGUAAUGUAUAAAUGAGGUUUAAUUACCUAAUUAGGUAUGAAAAAAUUCCUUUUUUCUCUAAUGUGCAGAUUGUUUACCAAAUUUCAGAUAAAAAUGUUUUAAAGUGAAAAUAAAGAUGGUCAAGGGCUAGAUCAUGUUAUAAGCUUUCCAAAUAUAUGUCAUUUAUGUUAUUCUGAUUAAUUGUGUCUGCAGUGUCAUGUUACAUGCGACGCCAUUUUUUGACUAAUUAGUGGGCGGCCAUAUUGGAUAAUUAGUGUAGUUAAUGAGUAACCAAAAUUUUUUUUUCAGAUUUUGAUUUUUAUCACUGUACCCCUACAAAAAAUGUCUUUGCUGACUCUGUACCUUGUAAAAUGAAAAAAAAGCUCUAAAGGUGAAUGAGCACCUCAGAAAGCCUUGGAAAUUGCACAAGAACGUGGAUACAAAAAACAGGAAACGAAUGCGCACAUUGGGUUAGGACGUGUUUAUAGAUUAAACAAUCAGUUUCAUAUCGCUAUUCAAUAUUUUCAGAAAGCCUUGGAAAUUGCACAAGAACGUGGAGACAAAGAAGACGAAACAAAUGCAUAUAUUGGGUUAGGAGAUGUUUAUAGAUUAAACAAUCAGUUUGAAACCGCUAUUCAAUACUUUCAGAAAGCCUUGGAAAUUGCACAAGAACGUGGAUACAAAAAGCAGGAAACAAAUGCGUACAUUGAGUUAGGACGUGUUUAUAGAUUAAACAAUCAGUUUCAAAUCGCUAUUCAAUAUUUUCAGAAAGCCUUGCAAAUUGCACAAGAACGUGGAGACAAAGAAGACGAAACAAAUGCAUAUAUUGAGUUAGCAGAUGCUUAUAGAUUAAACAAUCAGUUUGAAACCGCUAUUCAAUACCUUCAGAAAGCCUUGGAAAUUGCACAAGAAGGUGGAUACAAAAAGCAGGAAACAAAUGCGUACAUUGAGUUAGGAGGUGCUUAUCGAUUAAACAAUCAGUUUCAAACCGCUAUACAAUAUUUUCAGAAAGCCUUUCAUGAAAUUGAACAAGAACGUCGAGACAAAGAAGACGAAACAAAUGCGUACAUUGGGUUAGGACGAGGUUAUAGAUUAAACAAUCACUUUCAAACGGCUAAGCAAUACUUUCUGCUGAAAGCCUUGGAAUUUGCACAAGAACGUGGAGAUAAAGAAGACGAAACAAAUGCGUACAUUGAAUUAGGACAUGCUUAUAGUUUGAACAAUCAGCUUCAAACGGCUAUUCAAUCCUAUAAAAUAGCCUUGGAAAUUGCGCAAGAAAAUGGAGACAAACAAAACGAAAUAAAUGCGUACAUUGGGUUAAGAGAUGCUUAUAGUUUGAACAGUCAGCUUCAAUCGGCUAUUCAAUACUUUCAGAAAGCCUUGGAACUUGCUCAACAAUGUGGAUACAAAAAAAAAGAAACAUAUGCGUACGUUGGGUUAGGGCAAGCCUAUAGAGUAAAGAAUCAGUUUCAAACCGCCAUUCAACAUUUUCAGAAAGCCAUGGAAAUUGCACAAGAACGUGGAGACAAACAAAACGAAACAAACGCGUACAUUGAGUUAGGAGAUUCUUAUAGUUUGAACAAUCAGCUUCAAGCGGCUAUUCAAUCCUAUGAAAAAGGCUUCGAAAUUGCACAAGAACGUGGAGAUAAACAACAGCAAACAGAUGCGUACAUUGAGUUAGGACGUGCGUAUAGAUUAAACAAUCAGUUUCAAACAGCUAAUCAAUACUUUCAGAAAUCCUUGGAGAUUGCGCAAGAAUGUGGAGAUAAAGAAGGCGAGACAAAUACUUACGUUGGAUUAGGACAUGCUUAUAGAUUGAACAAUCAGUUUCAAACGGCUAUUCAAUACUUCCAAAAAGCCUUGGAAAUUGCACAAGAACGUGGAGAUAAAGAAGACGAAACAAAAGCGUAUAUUGGGUUAGGAGAUGCUUACAGAUUGAACAAUCAGUUCCAAACAGCUUCUCAGUGCUUUCAAAAAGUCUUCGAUAUUGCGCUAGAACGUGGAGAUAAAGAACAGGAAACAGAUGCGUACAUUGAGCUAGCACAUGCUUAUGCACAUAGCAUUCCGCUUCAAGCGGCAAUUGUAUUCCAUGAUAUUGAAUAUUUAGAAAAAGCCUUGAACAUUGCACGAAAACUAGAGGCUAAUAUGCGAGAAACUCAAGCAUGCCUUGGGUUAGGGAAAUUAUAUAGAUUAAAGAAAGAGUUUGAAAUGGCAAUUGAGUACUAUACGAACGCCAUGCAAAUUUCAAAUGAAAAAGGAUUUAAAGAGGAAGAAUGUAUUGCAGCAAAUGGAAUUGAAGAAACAGUUAACGGUGAGUUUAUUGUUGUUCAAAUAAAAGGUAAUUUUAUUCUAGUUUUCGUUCUAAGUUGGUUUCAACAAAUUAAAAAUAACUGAAAUUGUCUACGAUAAAAGCAAAUUUAAAUUAUAAACGAGAUUUAAAGGCAACGACCGCUCGAAUUUCGUUAUCAAUUUUUUCUUUUCGGCCGUGCAGACGAACAAUAAUCCUUGUUCAAAAGCGGAUGCAUUAGUAUUGUUUUUCAACAAGGCGCCUUUUUGCUGUACACCCGAACAAUCAAGACUUGUAAAAAAAAAGUGCUAGUCUUUACGGCACUUAGUAAAGCUCUAAAUAUAGUUCAAAACAUAAAACAUUACUUUUUGCAAUUGAAUGUGAGAUAUUUUAAGAACUGUAAAUUUAUAACCUUUUGAUAAUCUUGAAAUAUAUUCUUAAUAUUCAGACGAUGCUCAACUGCAGCUGACUGAACAUAAAACUGGUAGUAAUGUUGACUUCGCGGAUAUCGAAAACGAAACCUUUAGAAAAGGAACAAGUAUUUCAGCAGAACAAUUUUUGAUCUUGGGGUAUAUUCACCAAAAUGAAGGUAAAAAUGAGCAAGCCAUCAAAAGCUAUGAACAAGCAAUUCAAAUCGCAGAUAAACGCAACGACGUCAAAGCACGAGCUUAUCAAUACUUGGGAAACGUAUUUAGUGGAACUGCCGAGUAUAAGACAGCGAUUGAGUAUUAUUAGAAAGCACGUGAAGUAUCUCCAGACCUCGAGACAGAUGAGUUGGAAUUAGAAGCAUAUCUUCGGUUAGGUAACAACCACCUGCAAACUGGGCACUACAAAGAAUCUAUUGAGUAUUACAACGAAGCGAUAAAACGUAGCUCACAGCUAGGAAACAAAAAGAGUAAAAUUAAUGCUUACCUUGGAUUAGGAAAUUCAUUUAGUUAUAAUUGUGACUUUGAGUCUUCGCGAAAGUAUUUUUUAAAAGCCCUCACGGUAGCCCAACAGAUCAAUGACGAAGGUUUUCAAAAAGAAGCGUACACAAACUUGGGAUAUGUAUACAAGAAGACUUGUAAGUUUGAUGCAGCUGCCAAAUCGUAUCUCAAAGUUCAAAAAAUUUCUCAUGAUCUUGGGGAGAAAGAAGAAGAAGCCAACGCCUGCGUCAUGCUUGGUGACAUCUUUCAUGAAUUGAAACAACAUGAGAAAGCAAUUGAAUUUUUUCAUAAAGCGAUAAAUGUUAGUGAAGAUUUGGAAGAUUCAGAAACAAAAACAAAGGCAUUUCAGGGAUUAGGAACAUUGUAUUUAACUUUGGGAUCAGUUUUUAGUAAAGAUUGUGAUUACGAAGUGGCAAUUGACUGGUACGAAAAGGCAUUGGCUCUUUUUGGAACAGAGUUUAGAUAUCAUCUCUUGCGAGAGAAGACUCUAACCGGUUUGGCAGUUGCAUGGUUCAAUCUUGGCGAUACUGAAAAAUCGAUUGAUUUGAUUCAAGAUGCUCAGAAGAUGGUAAAAAUUAAGAAAGAAACUGAUACAG